GCCGGUUCGCCAUUCAACUUCCCAGGCCCACCCAAGCCUUAUCCCGCACCAUCGCCACCGCCCCUCGAGCACCGCCCGACUCGCUCCCCAACGUCUUCCUAUUUCCCCACCCCAUGUCACAACACCGACUCCCUCCCACCUAAAUUGUAACCCUAAUCUUCUCCAGCCCAUCCCUCUCCACGCCGCCGAAACAAUGGCCACCGCCGCCGGAUCGGCGGAGCGCCGCCCCGGCCAUCCGGCGCUGGCGUCGCGGAAGUCCGCCCCCGGCCAGCCCUGGUCCCACAUCGAGACCGCUCACCUGAUCGACGCCUACGAGGAGCGGUGGUACGCUCUGAAGCGCGGUCAGCUCAAGGCCCGGCAGUGGGAGGACGUCGCCGCCGCAGUUGCCGGACGCUGCGGUCUCGACGAGCCAUCCAAGACUGGCACCCAGUGUCGUCACAAAGUCGAGAAGCUCCGCAAGCGCUACCGCGCCGAGCGCCUCCGCCCCGUCCCCUCCGCCUGGCCCUUCUUUAACCGCAUGGAGCGCAUGGAGCGCGGGCCCCUCCCUAUCACCUUCCGGCCCCCGCCGCCUCCUCCCGCCGCCCAGUCCACCGACGAGGACGAGGAGGACGACGACGACCGUGAGGACGAGGAUGAGGACGAGCGGAACAACACCCGAAGCAUCAACGGGAUUCUUCGGGAUUCCAGCUGGAAUUCCUCUAGGGUUGCGAGGAGCCUCGUACCUCCCAAAAGGAGAGGUUUUGAGAUGGUGGCUGAGGACGAGGAAGAAAACGACGAAGAUGAAUCAGAGGAGGAGGCAGCGGAUGGCGCAGGUGAAGCGGAGGCCUUGUCGCAGAUGGCGGCCGUGGUGAGGGGAUUCGGCGACCGCUUGGUGCGGAUGGAAAAGAGGAGAAGGGAGCUGAUGCGGGAGAUGAAGAGGGAUUGGAUGGAGAUGGAGACGAAGAGAGCGGAGAUGCUGAUGGAAUCACAGCGGUGCCUCCUGGAGAAGAUAGCCGGUGCUUUCCCACCGGCCAAGAAGCCCAAGAAGUCUCAUAAUCUAUAGGCUGCAACAAAAGGUCAGCCAUUGAUACCUACAUUGUUGAUUACUUGUUUGCAAUAUCAUGCUUCACGUAAUCGGAUGGAGGGGUUAUCACAAUGGUGAUUUUUGAGGAUUUCUUGGUCAAGGUAUGCAAAAGUUAGUAUUGUCUUCAGGAUUUUAUUCGCCAGAAGGUUAGAGAAGUGUAAUGGAGAAAUAACUUAAGCAGAACAGUGGAGAACAAGUGAUAAGAUGCGAUGUAAUUAUAUAUUCAAUCAUUUGUGGGCUUUAUCUUUCUAACUUAAUUGUUUACCAUCACUAAACCCAAAACCACCUUGUCAAUUUAAACUGGUCCAUAAUGAAAGAUCUGUACAGCUAUUGUCUAUUAGUUAUCAGAUGUAUCAGGCUUUUACUUGAUCAUUACAAGUAGACCAAGUUUUGCUAUUAGAAACAGAAUCAAAGUUUUUGUUUCUUUGGUUCUGUUUUGCCUUUAUAGUUAACAUUAAGCAUGCUGUUUUUUUCUUUGCUAUGAUAUUGUUGCAGUAACCUUUAUUUUUCAAAGUUGUGAACCUCACUUUUGUGUUCUUCAUGUCCAUGCAUUACAAUGAAUAAAAUGCUCUAGAAGUGGUGACUUUAUGUUAUUUUCGUUGUAUUCUGUCCCAAUGACAGGCUCCUAGCUUAUUGAAUUACAAUAUUACAGUAUCUAUUUGGGCGAUUUCCCUAAAAAAUACCCACAUUUUGGGUAUUUCCCAAUCAGUGCCCCCAUUUUGCUUUUUUCUAAACAGUAUCGCUAAUAAAAAAACCCCAAAUUAUCCCUCAAAAAUUUUCCUACCUAUUACAGUGCUUAGACCACAACAAUAAAAACAUUAUAAGGCCUACUCGAAAACACUGUAAAUGAUCUAAAUAGACUCCUAAUCUCAAUCAAAUUAACUACAUGCCUAAAAAUAUGGUAUUAUAAUAGUAUAUGAGCAAUGACAAUCAAAAGACACAAUAUGAUGCUACUUACAUUGUUUUUCAAUAAUGUUUGAAGUACCUCAGUGUUUCAAUAAAACACUGUAAAGGAGCCAAAUGAAAACACUGUAAUAGUUGAAAACCCAUAAAAACACUGGUGAAAAAAUUUGGCAGAAAAACUUUUGAGGGGGCAUUUUAGGUAUUUUUCAAGUUAGGGGUACU